AUGGCUGACAAUGAUCAGCCACCAGAACCAAUUGCAAGCGAUUAUAUUGAACUAGGAACAUUACUCACUUUAUUUCUUAUUGGUGGACCAUUGAAUCUUGCAGCACACAUUAAGCGACCAUCGACUACACGUUUUGAUAUUUUGAAACGACGUUUGAAUUAUUCUGAUUUACUUGUACUGCUCAUUUAUGUCCCAUCACGAGUCUGCUGGCUACUGACAUAUGAUUGGCGAGGUGGAAAUUCCUUAUGUAAAAUUAUCAGAUUUCUUCAUACAUUUUCUUUUCAGGUGUUAUCAAAUGCGAUUGUUUGUAUAGCAAUUGAUCGGUUAUUAUCGGUAAUAUCAUCAAAACAUCAUUCAUCAGAAAAAGCGCAACGAAGGACUCGAACCAUGCUUAUGAUAGCAUGGAUUGCUGCUGCUAUUAUUAGCAUACCACAGUUUGUUGUAUGGAAAACGUUUCUCGCAUUUAAGGAACUUAAUUGGAGUCAAUGUAUGCAGAUCUGGGAAAUAGUUCACGUUGAGCAAGCCGUGCAAAACCGUAGUGCCGGAACAUCGCAUCAACUAAUGGAACAGGAAAACAUUUACGUUGUUGUUCAUAUGAUGUUGAUUUUUUGGGUUCCAGCAACUAUUAUUCUAUUGUGUUACCUAAUUGUAUCCUGUUGGGUUUACUUGAAUUCACGACCCGCAACAAAUACAGUAAUGUACUCGCGUAAUUUAAGCCAACUGAAUGUUAUCGAUUACGAAAGCAAUAAGCUAUGCAGAAGGAGUCAAAAGAAGUUUGCUGGUAUGUAA